AUGUUGCUUUCCCUUGGUGCGCCGGUGAAACCCGAACUGGACUUGGACGCUGAGGAACCACCCGUCUGGGACGACAUGCUGUUUGGCGACGUUGUCGAUGUCACCUUUCCAGAAGUCAAGUCACAGCCAUCUCUGAAGCCCGACCUCAUCGAUUUCGUGGAUGACAUGCCUUGCUGGAACAGCAGUCCAGCAGCAAAGGAGUCCAAGCGUACCUUGCGAGCCAAACGUCGCCAAGCACGCUUGGAAGCGUUCUUGCGCAAGCACGACUUCACCGAAAUCGAUUCCCCAGGUGUGGCGGGCCUCUGGCCGAUUCAUGCGGCAGCUCUCCUGGGAGACGCGAAGCUGCUGCGCGUGCUGAUGGUGCGCGGUGCUGAUCCGGAUCAGAAGACUUCGGAAGGAUUGACCCCCUUGGACUAUGCACGGGAAAAGGACGUGGAAGGAUCCCAUGAUGAGGUGCCCACGGGUGAUCCACCUAUUGGAAUGCCGGGUGAAGAUGGUGACCAUGCGCCAGUUCAAGGAGAUGGUGACGAAAAAGCUGCAGCGCAGCUUCUCGAAGAUGCGCGUGGAACUCUGAGGUCAUCAGUGUUCUACGGCUGCGUGGCAGCGGUUGUGCAAAGAUUUUUGCCCCAUGUAAAGACUGCGCCGGGGCAAAAGCUCCGGAACAGCAGUAUUUUCGACAGGUAUCCACAGGACGCUCAGCAUUUGGAGUUCCUUCCCGGGUACAAGGGUACACCAAGGUGCUUGAAGGAAUAUGUUCAGGAAUCCAAGCCGCCAACAAAGAACUUCAACUG